AAAACUAUAUAAGUAAUUUAAGGCAAACAAACUAAAUACGUAAUUUAAUAGGAUCUAUAUGGAUUGGACCCGUAAAGAAAUGCGAAAUAACAUUGAAUUACUGGAUAUGAACAGAACAUAGCCAUGUAGCUACCGAUAAUACAGAUGGACAAAUCUCGCAGCCCUAACUCUGACGUCCUUGGCCCCCGUGCGCAAAAGGAUUGGCCGAAUUGGACAGCGACUAUCUUAGGUCUGCUGCGCUAGAGCAGAAGGGAGAGACCGUUUUAAACUCCCCUGCCUCCAUCUCUGAGAGCUAGAGGGAAUCAGGAUCCGUGGGUCCACCCCACAGCCGUUCAUUGCCUAACCAUGGCGGGUCCUGCAAACACUGGUAUGAGCCCCUGGUAUUCCUCUGGAUCUAGUAACGACGCUCCCUCCCCACUCCCAGCCCUUACCGAGGAGAAGCCGCGGAAGAGGAGAGCAUUUUGCCUGCCUCGGAUGAAGUCCAAGAACCGCAACGACAGUGGCAAGCAACAGCAGCAGCUACCGCAGCAACCCGUGGCAAACAACAACAACAAUAUGCCUUUCAUAAUCCACUGCCAGAUCGGGAAGGAGAUCAAGCACAUAUGCAGCAACUGCCGUGGCGCUGACCCUCAGGAUGUUGAGGAGGUGGAGCGAAUAGCGGCGAUGCGAUCUGAUUCGCUGGUCCCUGGCACACACACCCCUCCCAUUCGGAGGCGGAGCAAGUUUGCCACCCUGGGGCGUCUCUUCAAGCCGUGGAAAUGGAGGAAGAAGAAGAGCGAGAAGUUCAAGCAGACAUCUUCUGUCCUGGAGAGGAAGAUGUCGACCCGGCAGAGCAGAGAGGAUCUGAUCAAGAGAGGAGUGAUGAAGGACAUCUAUGACAAAGACGGGGCGGUAGUAAUGAGAGGAGAGGAGGAGAAGAUGGAGAACGGGAGGUCUCCAGCAUUAGGAGGGUCUGAUCCAUCACCAUGUGAUGGAGCUGAGCUGAUGGAUGGAGCAGGGUCAGCCAUAGGUACAGUUGAGUUCCAGAUGUCUGGAGAGGGGGCGUGUCCACAAGACCACACCCAGAAUCCCAGCCAGCCUCCACCCACUAAGAAGGUUAUGGUGUAUCCAGGCGAAGGGGCUGGGGCAGAGUCAUCACAUCACACCAUAAAACAUAAAAAACAACCCCCAGUGCUACCCCCCAAACCGUUCAACAGGCUGCCCAACCACAUCACAGACGGUAUGCCAGUGAAGCUGCCCUGUAUGUCCAUGAAGCUGUCGCCUCCUCUACCUCCUAAGAAGCUGAUGAUCUGUGUGCCUGUGGGUGCGGGGGGGAGCAUGGAGCCCUCGGCCCUCACCUUUCAGAAGUGCCCCCCUCCCUCCCACCACGUGGGGUCCCUGGGGGGCCACUCCCUACACUACGGGACCCUCCCUGUGCCCCUACACCCCCCCAGCCGCAUCAUCGAGGAACUCAACAAGACCCUGGCCCUCACUAUGCAGCGAUACAAGAGCUCGCUGCACCACGCGGUUCCCGCGGUGAUGAUAGCAUGUGACUACAACAAAGAGAACCUCCCCAACGAGGAAGACUAUCAAGAACUACCUGGUUCGUACAGGGAUGAGGAUGAUGAAGAAGAAGAUGACGAUGAUGAUGAUGAGGAAGAGGAGGAAGAUGAUGAAGAUGAAACACUCUUUACAAGUACCCUGGCUCUGAAGGUGUUGAGGAAGGACUCCCUGGCCAUUAAGAUCAGUAACCGUCCGUCACAGAGAGAGCUGGAGGAGAAGAACAUACUGCCCACACAGUCAGACCAGGAGAAACUGGAGUUCAGGCAGCAGAUAGGCACCAAGCUCACACGGAGGUUGAGUCAACGGCCAACUACAGAAGAGCUGGAACAGAGAAACAUACUCAAACGCCACAAUGAGCUGGAGGAGCAGGAGGAGAUGAGGGAGCUCAAGAAACGCCUGUCGAGAAAGUUGAGUCAGAGGCCCACGGUGGAGGAGUUGAGGGAAGCUAAGAUCCUGACCCGCUUCAGUGACUACGUAGAGGUUGCUGACGCUCAGGACUACGACAGGAGGGCAGACAAACCCUGGACACGACUCACAGCUGCUGAUAAGGCUGCCAUACGUAAAGAACUCAAUGAAUUUAAAAACACAGAGAUGGAAGUGCAUGAGGGUAGUCGCCAUCUCACCAGGUUUCAUCGACCGUAGUUCUUCUUCUGCCAUCUUUUACAAUAACCUCAAGUGCUGGAACGCAAACUACUGCCUCUUGUGUACCACACCCCUUCGCUUCCAGACCAGAACACAACAAGACCAGAACUGGACCAGAACCACACUAGAACCAGAGUAGAACAUGUACUGAAACUGACCGGAAACGUAAUCUGAACCUGGAGGGGUGUGUGUACAGAACUGGGCAGCUGACACUACUCCAGGCUCCAGUGUUGACCCAAAAUAUGUGCCAAUAUCUAGAGAGGGCAGACUGGACCAAUCACAACAGUAUCUUGGUUCUGUGUUUAUAGAGAGGUCACAGUGUGGCCAUGUUGGGGUUGUGGAGAGGGAGCAUCGUACACAUGGAGAGAGAUUGAUGGAAAGCACUGGAUGGACUGACUGACUGGGUUCUCCGCUAAACGGAGAUUAUAUGGACUAAAACGUAUUGUUUUUAACAGCCUUUUAUUAUCCUUUUUAAUUAUGAAGAUAGUUAAUGUGUUUACUUUACUGCACUUUAGUUUUUGACGGUACUCUACGGAGGGGUUAUGGAACUCUAUUCCUAUAUCUGUGCCAACAAGACUUUGGGAUUGUGGGAGAUUGAGUUUGGGAGGGCAUCCGUAAGGAAUACAGAGAGACAUCCUACAACUGAUUGGUUAAAAAAUGAUUAUCCUCCAUUGGUUAAUGUUCCUGCCUUUUUAAUACUUUUUGGUACAUUAUUAGUUUGACUAUUUUCCAUUGUGGGCUGCUGUUUCCAAAACAGAGGGACCCUUUUAAUCUGAUAGUACUGCAGAAUAGGAUUCUGUAAUAAGUGUGUUGUGGUUAAAGUACUAUUUUACAAUACCGUACACGGUAUGUGCUAUUCUGAAGGAAACUGUAGUAGGAGAAUAUGAUCGGAAUAUUUACCUCUAAAAACGUUGAAAUACAACACAAAACUCUCCUGUCCAUGUUGUGUUCAUGUUGGGAUAUUGAAAUGUGAACCAAGCAAUAAUUGAACUUUUCUGUCCUCCAUCUGUCUGUCUUUCUGGGCUGCAUUCAAGUGAACAAGUACUGGGAACAUUUCAGAGAGCUACCCGCUCAAUACCAAAUACACUUUGAAAUGCUGUUGUGAUCUUGAAUGCAACCCAGAUCAUCAUUAUUACUGUUGAGAGUUCUGCAACCCUCUGUAUAGUGUCACCGUGCCUGUUGUAUUGUUUACAGGGAUGAAAACAUUGCCAAAUGUACUUUGUUUGAAUGACAUUUGAUCAAGUAUGUUGUCAAUAUAAUGUUUCAGUAGCGUGCUCCAUAGACUGGUAAGUGUCAGUUCUGAAUGGAAUGGAAUUGUUCAAUUUCUCAAUGUUCUCAAAACAGGAAUUGUAUGGUUCCACCUGGUUUGGCCUCAUAGUGAAGAACCUAUAUUAGACCACCCUUUGGCUGUGAAUGAAAGUACAGUACCACCUUUUGCUCACAAGAAGCCAGACACCUCAAAAUACAAGGAAAAACAAUGAACACAUGCAGUUGAUGAGUUGGUCUUGAUCGUUUAGUCUGAACCCUUUGACUUGUGGUGUGUGUGUGUGUGCGUACAUGUUCAUUAGGCACAAAACAGGAAAAUGUUUUACAACGGAGUGCUUCAUUAACACGACCCAAGACUCAAGUGUUGUUUCCCUGUGCCUGUCUCCUGUAUCCAAACUAACAAAAGAGGACACUCUUUGUAUAAUAUAUGUACAUAAUACAAAAGAAACUUAAAUAUUUAAAUAUGAAUUUAAAUAUGUUUUUCCUUUUUGUACAGAAGGAAACUGCAUGUGAUGAUUGUUAACUAUUUGUUCAUCUUCUAUAGCCCUGUUUAUACCUGGUUCUAACUUGGGUCCUUUGUCCGGAUCUUGUCCAAAUUCUGGUUUUGCCCACAUUAUUAGUCAGGUGUAGAAAAUCAAAAGACACAUUGUGAUCUGAUUGUGAUCAGAUCAUUCUUCCCACUUCCGGAGGUAGUCGGGCAUGCAUUGUGUAGAAAGAUCUGGACAGAGAAACCAUUUAAAUCAUUGUUUUUCUGCUGUCUAAAAUCAUUGCCAGGUGGCACCAUUGACUGAUUACAUCAACAUAUCUUACAAUAAAUAAAUAUUAUUUUGAAAGAAUAACUGUGAAAUAAUUUGAAUAAAGGAAGGAAAUCUAGUCACAACAAAGACAUAGUGGACAGAUAAGACAUUUUAAUAGCCUGUGUAGACACAUUUCUGGAAAUGUGGGCACAAUCAGAAUGUAGAAAAGAUCAGGACAACCAACCUAUGAAAGCACCAGGUAUAAACGGUGCUUGUGAUGUAUGCAGUUUCUUAUAUAAAGGAAAUAUAUAUAAAAAAACUUUUAAAAACGUUCAUAACUGCUUUUUUCUUCAACCUUCUCUAUUCCAUACAUACAGUGGUGUACGAAAUUAUUGUCCCCCUGGAUAAAGUAAUAAUCUUUUUUCAAAAAUAGGUAGGGGUCAAAAUCAUUGACACCCAUGUUUUUAAUACCUUUAAAUACCUCACAUUGCAAAGAUAACAACACUGAGCCUUUUUCAAAAAUAUUUUAUACACACACACCAUGUAUAUAAAAUAUUUCAGAAAAAGGCUCGGCGUUUGUAAAUUCACUCAGGCUAUCUACUCCGAUUUCUAAACAUUCCUCUGAGUGUGCCAGAGUGCAGAAUAACUGAGGAGUUUACGAACGUGCAUCACCUGUUGAAUAUGACUGGUGUCAGUAAACGUCGGCAAAAGAACGGAAUUAAAUUGUUGCCAGCAGCAGUUAUAGUCAAAAGGAGUCUGUAUUGAAUACAUGCCCACAUCAGGGGAGAUACCUAUUAAUACAAUCCCUAGCUGCUGGGCUGCUCAGUCAUGGCCCUGGGGGUCUGUCGUACUGUUGGUUGUCACUCUGGCCUUGGCUUAACACACCUGAAACCAAUAAUGAAUGUUUCACUAAGAUCCUAAAGAUGAGUGGGGUGUGUUGGGUUGGGGCGCUGCAGGGACGUGGACCCCUAGGGGCAGGACGGGGUGACCCCGAUUUAUUGUGUACAAAAAGAGCUCUACAGAAUUAUUAGGCCUAUGAUAUCAUAUGGAGGAUGUACUGUUUGUGUGUGUUGAUGUGUAGGUAUAUGGGUGCUUUUAUUCAACUUUGGUUUUUCAAACCUUUCCUCUUGAGACAAAAAAAAGAUGGGAAGGAAGUUGUUGGGGAGAGAGUAGAGUUAUUGACUAGACUGGUGGGGGUGGUGGGGUCAGGCUUGCAGGCGGCUCGGGCUGGCUGGCUGGUCUGGCUACAAUUUGAUAUAGAGGAUGUCUUAAUAUGGACGAUCAAAAGUUACAUCUUUGUACUUUAUUUGUGAGAGUUGUUAGGCUAUUGGUUAAAGGUGCAACACAAUAUUGAUGCUUGAAUUAUCAUUGAUCUAGUUCAGUCUUAUCAAUCAAUAAACAUUCAAUAAGGAUCUCUUACCCAGUGGUGGAAAAAGUACUCAAUUGUCAUACUUGAGUAAAAGUAAAGAUACCUUAACAGAAAAUGACUUGAGUAAAAGUGAAAGUCACCCAGUAAAAUACUACUUGAGUAGAAGUCUUAAGGUAUUUGGUCUUAAAUAUACUUAAGUGUCAAAAGUAAAUGGAAUUGCUAAAAAUGUACUUUAGUAUAUUAAGUAAAUCAUUUCAAAUUCCUUAUAUUAAUCAAACAAUUUUUUAUAUUUUAUAUAUAUUGA